CGCGGCUCCGGCUUCCAGCUGGGCAGUCCCGCGCUCCGAGCCUGAGGGCAGGGGAACGCCGGGCACUCCGAGCCCCGGGAGGAGAGAACGCCCGGGGGAGGCGGGGGAGGCGGCUUGGCUGCGGGGGAACCCCUCGCCCCUGAGGGAUGCUCCGCCGGCGGGUGCCACAGGGCGGGACCGGGGCUCUCGGAUAAACACUGCGGAAGGCUGAAAAGGGAAAGCUUACAAGAGGUUAUACAAACCAAGAGGGAGAGACGGCUGCCUUCACACGUAAUUCCCAGAGAGGGAAGAGGGCCGGUGACUGCCAAGAGGGAAAUCACCUCGGCGACAGGACAGGGAAGCCCUGUCAAUUGCAGCGAGGGGAACCCCUCAGGGAGGGACAGAGCAGCCUCAGGGGAGGCGGAAAAGCCCCGAACGUGAGGAUUCAUUUUACAGCUUUCAGGACUGUCUCUGCAAAUAUAGUACUGAUUUUUGAGAGCAUGAAAAGUGCAUAUUCCAAAAGAUUUUUAUCUGCAUCGCCAGAUGAAACUGAAUGUUACCUUUAUGCAAAGAGAAAUAAAGCAGACAGUGGUCAAAAAAUCAGAGAGGAAGAGGAGCAGCAAAAGCAAGAACAAAGCAUACAGUGUGGGAGCAAGGACCAAACAUCAUCACAUGAACUCCUCAAUUCGUCAGAAAGACAAAACAACUGGGCAUUAGAAAAACAGAGUUGUGAUACAGCAAGAAAAACUUGUAUGAGGGAGUUUUUCAGUUCUAAAACUUGUAGUAAUGAAGGAUUACCAUGUAGAGUAUCAGAAAAUGAAGCAUUCACCAAAAAAUGGAGUCCUGAAAAUGAAGACCAAAGUCCUAUAGAAGAUGACAUGUCCCUGAAUGUAGGUGGACAGCCCCUUGAAACAGAGCUGCUCAAUGUGUCAAGACCUGCUGACACAUGUCAAAAUUCACCGGCACUAAACUCACCCCAAGUGCAGCAGAACAACAGUGCACAACAAAAUAAUAAAAGAAACGAGGAUAAUGAGCUCAAACAAAAUCCUUCAGUUACAUCAUUGAACACACACAUGUUUCAGACUGAAUUGUUGAGUCAAAAGUCUGUCUCCAAUAAAAAGUGGCAGCGAUACCAGCUUUUUCAAAUUCCAUUUUUGAGUGGAACAAAUUCUAUGUUUUCAUGUGUAGAAAAUAAAAAAAGUAAAUUUCUGAAAAAUGUAUGUUUUGCAGACUAUAAAAAUUAUUCCAGUUGCAAUAAGGAAACUACUGCAGAAAAAGAUAAUAAAGAGAAAAAUAAUUCAAUGUAUAUAAUGCAAAUAUUGAAACCUCUUAAGAGUAUACAACCACUGGAAAUCCCUAAUUUUCAAUUUCCUAGGAUUUCAAAUAAAAUAAAAAGUAAACAAUCAUCAACUAACUUCAGGGAAACAGACUGGAAGAAUUUUGAAAGUGAACCAUCUUUAAUGCAAUCUAAACAGAUACAUAGUGUGCAAAAAAUGUCUGAGAUAGGGAAACAAAAAAUGCAAAAUGAUAAAAGCAGUAAAAGUGCCUCAACUGUUGGUUCUGAAUUAAAAGAAAUAAAUUGCCCCCCCGUUAACAAAGAGGAGCACAGCACUUUGGCAGAAGGAGAAGUAUCUGGAACUUAUGUCAGAUGCAACAGCACUGACACUGAAUGUAAUAAAAUAUUUGCUGAAAAUGACUUCAAAGAUAAAAUAAUGGAGAAUUCAGAGAGUGGUGAUGACCAGAAGUCAAAGAUUCACAUUUACAUUAGUGCUAAAAAUGUUCAGAAUGAGAAAUGUGUCAGCUCUAAUGAUCUUUUGCAGAGAAGGGGGAGGAAGAGCGCUAAUGACAGUGUGGGAAUGUUUCAUAUGCAGAUGAGUAUUCCAGUAACAGCAGAAGCAUUAGAGAAAAAUAAGUUAAAUGUACACUGUGGUGUGCAUGAUUCCAACAGGGAUAUUUGUUUGUAUGAAGCAGAAUCAAAACUCUCCACAAAAAAACCACUUGAUUUCCAAAGUUAUGUGACAAAAAAUAUUAUAGUUAAAAGUAAUUGUUCUUGCAUUACUGUGCAGGAUUUACCAUAUAAGAGAGCAAGUUGCAAUGUAUUUAUGGGGAAGGAAAUGCUCAAAUUAAAGUUCUCAUUUCAAAACAUGUUGUUUGGGUGGAUCAGGGUGUGGAUUGAGUCUUUCCAUGAAGAUAUGCCCGCGUGUCAGGAUGACAGUGUUACACCUUGGUCUCACUGCUGUGCCACAUUAAAAGAGCAGUGUGUUGCUCAAGAAUUAGUAAGGAGCACUAUAAAUAGGAGCCACAACGAUAAAAUAUUCAUGUGUUUGCUGGCUGCUGUUUCCAAGCAUCUGAAAGUGGAGGUACUAAAGAAAAUGCUUGCUUCCUUUUUCAGUAGCACAAAUACUAUAUUGACAACUGAGGGGAAGUCUGUGCGAGGAGAGAAACAGUCCUUAUGUGGCAGAAAGCAAAAUCAGUUAAACUCAUGCACAGAUGAUUCUUUGAGGCAAACCACAGGAUUUCUUAAAGAAAAUGAAACUUAUCCAGGAUUUGUAAGUUCUAAAUUUGUGGAAAGCAUUGAGUUGCAUAAUGGAUACCAGAGAAGAUGCUUUUAUAGAACUUUAGGUGAAGAAGAGUACCCUUUCCUUCAAAGAAGAGCUCUCUUUCGUAACCAAAAAAGCAGAUUAUGUAAGGGAAGACAUGUCAGGAAACACCACCUCUUAUCCAGAGUGACUGAAGGGUUUAGCACUGAUUUGAGGUCAGUCAGUCACAAAAACAGUAUGAAAAGGCAAAUUUUACCUGCUAAAUACAUUAUCUUGCUGCAGGGCUCUUCUGAUAGUUCUUCACUACACAAAACUUAUUGCUGCAAUAUCACAAAAGUACAGUAUCUGAUAAGAACCAGUCUUGGAUACCAGAGUUACUUUCCUGCUGAUUCACAACCAAAAUUUGAAAAGAUACAUAAGAAAAGUAUAAAUCAGGAAAUAUCAGUAAAUACUCUAAAGCAGGAGAAGAACAAACCAAGCAUAAGGCUUAAUAGCUCUUUUCAUGUACAAUUAUUUAAAACAAUCCCUUUCAUUUUAUAUGAAAAUAAGAAACACAAAACAACUGGAUACAGAAAUGGUAUAACUUCUACAAAUAAAGUUACUAAUGAAAUAACAUAUACCAUGAAAAAAUGUUUGAGUAACUCUAGUUAUAGAAAUACUGAUGAAAAAGAAUGUAUUAAUCAAAAAGAGUUGCAAAUGAAUUGUCAUGAUUUUCUUUAUAAAAAAUCUUUUUCUGUUUUUGACACAUAUGAAAAAAUUCCCCUAGCCACUGAUUCUGAAGAUUUUGACCAAAUCCCACUUGUAAAACAAGACAGUUCUAUCAAAAAAAAGUUGUGUGAAGGAAGUGCAGUCACUUGUUCAAAAGAAAUCCAGUGUUUGCCUGUUAAAUCAAACGAUGUCUUAAUUCCAGCUGAGCAGCCAAAAGCAACCACAGAAGAAUAUAAUUCUCUCCUCUUGUUAGAUGGACAAAUAAACAAACAUGAGAAUUGCAAAGACUUAGAUACUUGUAGCCCACAUCUAGCAAAUGAAAAAGUAGACAACCAAAAUACUUAUUUAUUCUCUGAAAAUUUAUUUCCUAGCUCCUCAAAUAUUUAUCAGUCUGUCCCUUUGCCACUGGAUAGCAGCUCUUUUGUCAACAGAGAAAUAAGUGAAGAUGGGCACUGCAGGAAUUCCUCAAGUGCAGGAAAACAAAAGGCAAGUGAAACAAUUCCUGACAAGGUACAGUAUCUAUCCGGGAGCAGUCCUGCCAUGACAGAUACAAACUUGCAAUUACAGGGGAAAGAAACUGCACCGCUUUCUGUACAAGGCCACGAAGAGACGAAUGAGACAGGCAUUUCAGAGCCACCAACUUUGAAACAUCUUGAAUAUGUAAAAGAACAGGAAGAGAGAAAUUAUGAACAAAUGCAUGUAACUAAUGAAAAUCAAUGUGAGACUGUAAUGAAUAACUUGAUUAUGUCAUAUUCAGAAGAUAAAUCUGAAACAUUCAUUGCUCCUGACGAGGAAUUAAAAAUGCCUUUAUCCAUAAUGAACAAUGGAUGUCUUGAAGAUGUAAAAGAUAAGUAUUUACCCAUAGAAAAUAAAAUCACCCACGAACUUGAACUGAAGAGAAAAUUUGAUUUAGUGCUAGAAGAGCUACAUAUGUUUCAUGAAAUUAGCAAAGAAAAUGUAAACAAUUUAUCUAGUUUGGAAACAAAUUUGCCCAACACUUAUUGCGAAUUAAAUAAGGCUGAGGGAAUGGAUGAGAACAUGGCAAGGGAUUCUCAAAGAAAAAUAGGUAUUUCUUCUCCAAUCUGUGGUACCACAAAAGAAAAACACAUAACUGACAUUAAUGAAAGUUCACUACAUGAAAAGAUUUUAAUUGAGAAUGAAGACCAGAAAGUAUCUAAGGAAUGUUCUAUUUCAAGAAUGUCAAGCAAAGAAUUGCUGCACUCUCCUGCAGAAGGUGCAGCCUAUAGAAAUCCAUAUGCAUGGCAUCCAGUGUUUUUACCCGGUGCAUUUUUUAAGGAACAAAGCUAUAGUUUACAGAAAGAAGGAGGAUACUUUUUGUCUCGUGACAUCAUAAGAGUGCAGCCUCUUAAAACAUGCAAGGGCCCCAUCAGGAUUGGGCUGUCAAGAAAGGCGCGGCCAAAGAAGCUUCAUCCUUAUCUGAAAUGACUUCCUGGAUUCUUUUACCAACCUUCACAUCUGGGAUCACUCUGUUUGAGAACUGUUGAAAUGUUUUAACAUUAAUUUUUUGGUACUUUGAUCUUUGCGGUUUAAGGGGGUUUUAGAUAUUAAUAUUUCAGUAUUUGCUAGUGAUUUAUUUAGGAAUACUCCUGCGAAUACUUGAUAGCAAAGGGAUUUAUAAUGAAUGUUUACUAGUAGAAGUUUUAAUGGAAGGGUGAAUUCCUUUUAAAGUUUAUGUAAUAUUAAUAAAAUCUGUCAUGUAUUUUUUAUCUAUUAAAAUAUACAGUUGAAAUUUUCUGUCACAUCCACACAUCCUUAGAAUCCUCUGUGUGUUUAUGUAGCUUUAAAAACUCCAUUUUUUAAAGAGAUUUGCUACAAAUGUUUAGAGUGAUGUAGAAGAGAAUUUAAGGAAGUUAAGUUUAGAUUGCUAAAAGAAAGAUUAUGUUUUAGGCUUCAGUGGCAGUUUCCUUUGAGGUAUUUCCAGUUCCAUGUACUUGUCCCAUUAGACAAAGAGUUGGAAAGGAAUAAAGCUAUAAAUGCUACAGACAGAUUGUCUCAUUCUGAGGGUACUGAUUCCAUUGCAUACAUCAUGGAGGCAAAAUAACAGUGCAUAAAUUCUGGAGAUUAUGUAUAUUGAGAAAUGAGACACUUGGAAUGCUCUGAAGCAUGCAGAUCUUGGUUAGGGACAUCUAAUCCUUAUUAUACUGAUUUUUUUGCUAUAAAGAAUAGAGGCAGUUUCAACUGAAUAAAAGCACAGCAAGAAACAAACUUGAGUGAAGUCUGAAAAAAAUUCCUGAAGUGUCAGAACGAGAGUAAUCUAGUAACAGGUAUUUAGAAGUAAGCUUUAAGCCCUCUGUGAUUGCACAGAGUGUUUUAGAUGGAGAAUAUUUCACCCUGCAGUGGAUAAGAGAGUAUUCAAGUAUAAAAAGUGUUAUGGAACAAUGAUGGAAUGAUGAUAAACCCCUAUAAAAAUAAUAAUAUGUGGUUGUAGCUGACACAAGGAAACUGAGCAAGCUGAAUUGAUAGGGAAUUUAUCUGCAGAAAAUAUAUUUUACAUAAUAUCUAGCACCAGUGCAAAGACUAAGUAACUUCAAAGUGAUUUUCAAAGUUAAUUUCUUUAGCAGUGAUAUUCAGAAUAUAUCAUAUGUAAUAGUAAGCAUAUCAGUAUAUUUACGUUGUAAGGAUCUCAAGAAAAAUAAUUCAGUUCACAAUAUUGUGAGAAAUCAAUGAAACAAUGAAAUCUAGAAAAAGAGUUAUAAUUUGGUUCAUAGUUCCUUUUCUAUGAAAUAGAAAGAAUCUCAGAUGAAAAUUUGUUUCUAAGAACAGUUGGUUCUAAAAUAAGAGUUUCUAAACUGAUCUAUUGACCACAGAUUGUCUAAAAGGUACAGUAAAUGGUGUGCACCUGGUUUAAAUUUUAAUUUAAAUUUUAAUGUAAUUUUUAACAACAAAAGUUGCUAACUUUACCACUAAAAUUUGGUGAUGCAAAUGUAAAACUGUACUUGCUAACUGAAAGCAUAAUUUUGGACAAGACAUUAUCCUUCAUCAGUAUAACUAAUUUAUGAAAAAGUUUAAAAGGGCUAAACAAAUGGAUGACUGGGACACAUGUUCAGAAGCAGCUCCAUUAGACAACUCCCUUGGGAGUAUGCAAAUGAGGCAGCUGCUGGACAGGAAUGGAUGGAUGGAUGGAUGGAUGGAUGGAUGGAUGGAUGGAUGGAUGGAUGGAUGGAUGGAUGACUUUUGAACCUUCACCAUCAGCAGCAGACAUUUGUGUCUCAGAGAGGGUACCUUGGCAUCCCAGGGUGACACUGUGGAGCAGCUUGGGGCCUAUGGAUGGUAGCAACCUCUAAAUGUCAGUAGAGGAAUUCUGGUUUCUCAGAGCUUUGCAAGAAGUAUCAACUUAAGUUUCUCUGCAUCCCAGAAAGAAGAAGCUGAUCACAAACCUUUAGCUGAGUGCUGUUAAUUGUGUGCUGGCACAGAGCAAGGGGAGCUGGUCUAUAGGCAUUGGAAUGUUCCCCUGGAGUUUUGUCCUCACAGCUGGGCAGACAGUUUUCAAGUGCUGCCAGGUAUGAACUGGCUUUAAGGCAUUAUGUCUUAUCAAUAGCUUUUUUAGGUCAUAUUUCUAAAGGCUGAUGUUUAAAAUAGGAGGAUUUCUUAAGAUUUGGGAGAGAUACUUCUGUAUUUAAAGCCCAUUCUAGGAAUUCUUUGGGAAAGCUUUUCUCUGUGUCAUCUCCUACAGAGAUGUAUCUUUACCCCAUAGAGUAAUUUUCCUAUAUCCUCUUGUUCCAUUGGCCUGUGAUCAUUAAUGACACAGGGAAUACAAUUAAAACAUUGCAUUUUUAAUAAUUGUGGGGCAGCUCUGAUGGCCAUGGCUUGGAAAUAGGUAUAUCAUUUCCAUCCUAGCAUAUCUGUGCUCCCCCUGUCCAGAGCAUGGCAAUACCAGGUUUCAGCUGCCUUGAAAAGCCAGUAAGCACAGAACUUUACAGAUCAGGGCAAGGAUGGCAACCCAACCUUGUGUGUCUACCGGCAGCUUCCGCACCACAGAGUGGUCCAAGUUUGGAGUGUCUGGGGCUCAAGACUUUAAAUACUUAGUAUGGAGGCUUCAUAACUUUGAUUCCUAGUUAAUAGAGUACAACAAACCCAAGAUUUCAGAAUGACAAAAGGCCUUUGUCAUUCUGAAAUCAGUUACUUCAAUACAAAGUCAUGUAUGGAGAUGAUGUGACCCCACCAAAGCGUACUUGUAAUGAACAUUCACAUAGGUAACUCUGAAACUGAAGGCUAACUGUUCCUUGAAAUACUUGGGCAAUUUUAUUCUGCCUUAUAGUAAAAUUUAGGAUGCCUGAAAACUCAUAUUAGUCUAAAACCUGCAGAAAUUAAUAUCAUGGAACAAUUAUGUGAAAUGACCUCAGAAUUAUUUAUACUAAUAAUAUAUUAUAGCUAAUCAUCCUUCCACUGAAGAACACUUCUGCCUAUUUUUAAAUCAACGAACUCACAUGUUUUUAAAAUAUGUCAGUUUAUCUGAUGCUUCUAUAAGAAAAUACUACAUUGCUCUUGUCUGCAGAAGACAGAGGUACACAGGCUACUUUUUCAGGACAAGAGAUAAAGUCUUAAUUCCCAGAAUUUAUACUCAGUAGCAAACUCCCUUGUGUUUAAUGAUGCAGCUUGUGCAAGAAUGUCCCCAGAUAUCCUGGAAAAGAGUCUGGAAAAUAUCCAAACACAAAAACCCAGACAACAAGCCAAACGAAACAACAAAAAUUGGACCAUGCAGAGAAGUAGAAUAGUCCAGCUGAGAUAUUAUGUAAACUUUAUGUCUGACUGCUCAUUCAGCUGCAGAGAGCUGCUAACAACAUGCCCUCAUCUUAAAUAACAGAGGAAGGGUUGGCACUGGGAAUGCUGCCUGGCCUUCUGCCAGCUUCAGCUUCCCCAGCCACCAUCAGUUCAGGUACCGCGUUCUGCUGGGGAGCAGCACAAGAGCACUCAGCUGUGCAGAGCAGCGAUGGGAGCUGGCGCCGUUCCAGGCACUUUGGGAAUUGCAUGGGAAAAUGCCAAGCCAAGAUCCUGCCUUAUGUCUUUGCAUAUGAUUGAAGCAGUAUGUAUAGAUUUUGAAUUUUUCCAUCACAGACACCAUAUCUGGUGAUGUUUUUUGAGUUCUCUAAGCUUGCUAAUGCUGACUGUAACAGAAAUGCAGUUGUUAAGUGUCAUUAUACUUUAAUAAUUAUGCAGGAAAGCUUAAAUAUAAUUUCUGAAUAAUUUUAUAUCAGCUGCUAGAACAAUAGAUAUAGCUUGGGCUUGUUUAACACAAAAGGAAUCAAUUAUAGCCUAAUGAAAACCUUGAAUUCCAUUAUAUCUACCAAUACAUGUGAUUUUUUAAUAAAUAGUAAUUGAAUGUAUUUUUUUUUGUCUGCCUUUUGAAUAACUGGAUGCAAAGCUAAAACUGCUCUUCUCAGUGUAUUUUGAAAAAAUGUGGGUGAUUAAUGAGUGAAUAUAAGCAAGAUUAUUAAAAUCCAGUUUAAUAACAACAGCUGUAUAUAGAAGUAUGGCUGUUGUCUUUAUCAGGAAAUUUAAUGAAGUAAUGAACAUAAUGAAGUUACAGGUAAUGAAGUCCUGUUACUCCUACUGUUGGAAGGCAGUUGCCAGACCAAAACAGAUGACAAAUUUCAGGGAAGUUCAUGUGGAGAAAUGGUUCAAAAGACUCCAUCUAUCAAAAGAUUGUGCAUUAAGGAAGAUUGUGCCAAGGCAUUUAGUGAAUACACUUUACCAAGUUUCAUGUGAUUAGGGAGGAGUUCCACUUUUGGUCUUACAAUUCAUAUUCAGGUUGGAUUUAAUGGGAAAUCCAGCAUGGGAAUCCCGUCAUGUUAUUCCCACACACCACUGGAGAAAACCUGCUGUUUUCCCCUAGGCAAGACACAGAGGUCACUUCUCCUCCUGCUGAGCCAGAGGUAGAGCAUUUCUAAACAGAGUGACAGGUAAACUAAAAGUACAUUUUAAAAAUAUCAGGGAAAGUGAAAAGUUAAUUUUGUUCAAAAUUAUUACUGUCAAUAAUGGUUCAGGUAAAAAUGUAAAUAAGGGCACUUAUUUCAACAUUUGUCCAUUGACAGUCUGUGUGGUAGAUGAACAGUUGAUAAUUGUCUUUAUGAACUGCAGCAAUUUAACAAUUUAUGUUUAAUUUCAUGAGAAAAAUUAAUUAACCAUAAUCUGAUAAAAUAAUAAAAAUAAAGCGAUGAUUAUUUUAUAAAAUAUAUCCUACCACUUGGUAUUUGGUCUGAGUCAAUGCUACCACAGGAGUGUGUCCUCCAUUAUUUGAAAUUUUCCUAGUACGAGGCCCCUUCAAUGAUGAAAAUAUUUUUAGCCAGGAGCAGUAGUGAAAAUUCAAUAUAAAUCCUAUUCACUGUAUGCACUAAGAUGCACAGAAUAAUCUGCUGUUAAAGCACUUUCUGUCAAAGCUUAAAUAUGCAGAAAUAUGCAAAAUUUCCCAAACAAAUGUGAAAAAUAAGUGCAUCAGCAUGUAUAUAUAUAUAUAUGUGUGUGUGUAUAUAUAUAUAUAUGCACAUGUAUAACCUACCACAUGUAAAGUAUUAUCAAAAUAUAUAUUCCUAUUACCAAUGACAUUUUGAAGCCUGUAACUCAACACACUGGCAAUGAUAGAUUCAGAACUUGUAACAGAUGCUAUGGCUGUGUGGAGAGAUGAGAAGCAGAUUGAAUGGACUUGGGAAACCCCAGCUAAUGGAGUAAGGUAGGCCCUAAGGUGACCUGAAUUACCUUUGGGACAGAACUGUCUUCCUCCAUUGAUCAGUGGGGGGACCUAGGGGAAGCUUUGCCACAGUCAGUGUUCUCAACAGACUGAAAGAGUUGAAAAAUCUUUUUUAUCUGUUACUUGGACCUAAGGGUGGAAGAAUUAGCUGUUUAAAGUGCUCCCUAGCAUUGAAAUUCUGUUAUUCUUAGGUCUCUAUUCAAGCAGCAUCCAGGAUCUCAGCUCACAACUCACUGUUUACUACACACUCUUGCAACAAAGACUUGGUUUCUGUCCCAGAGGUUUUGCAAGUAAUUUUUUAGUCUGUAAAUUUGCUUUUAGUUAGUUCUCGUUACUAUGAUAUUUAAACAUGGCAAAAUGAAAAAAAAAAGUUUUUAAAGAAAGCAAUCUUUGGUUUAUUUCUACAUGGUAGGUAAAGAAAUCUUUCCAUUUUUAAAUAUCUCUACUUCUUUGGAGAAGGAUGCUGAUGGAGUCAUGAGUGAAGGGAUGGAUUACAUGUAUGCAACAGGCAGGGAACUGUCCCUGGCAAAGGCAGUGUCCUAUAGAUAGUCUGGAGAUGGAUUUUGAGUUUAAUUCUUCUCAUCUGUUUCAAAUAUUCUCACACUUUUUGGAGAAAACAUUUCCUUGAGAAAAUGAAUAGUGUUUUAUGUGCCAUUUGGACCAGUUUCUGUGGGCAUUAUCCUACAUAUCAACUUGUUCUUCUUCAUGCCUCACUUUCUUCCCUCUCCUUAACUUCUUUUGUGCUGGAAUUUUCUGAAGUUCCACCACUAUGGUAGAAAGCAAAUAGAAUCAGACUUUCCCACACUCAGCCUAGUUCCAGCACAACUUACCUGCCUGUGCUUGCCAAAGUUGUGAACUCACCUUGCUUGUGCCACAGAGGUGCACUAGAACUGAGCAGCUGUCAUGAACUACUGGUCUUGUCCAAUGUUUUCACUGUGACAGUUUGUUGGCCAUGGGUGGGUGGGGAAUUGUCUCAAUGUUCUUCCCUCACCACAUUUCUGUAGGCCUGUGCUAUCAUGGGGAGUGCUGACUCUCCCAACUUUGAGCUGGUAGGCAGGAAUGGUUCUAAAAUACAGUAGUAUUAGAAAUCUUAAUUUCUUAGGGACCUGUGGAGUGUGAUGGCCAAGGGAACUUGAACAAGACAUUGAUUUUGGAGCCAUAGUCAUAAGGAAAGUGCUGUAAGAAUUAAAAUAUAGCUCUGCUUUUGCUUCCUAUUAAGUGUUUGUGAAUAUUUCUGUACUUAUUUCCUUUUAUGCAUAUAUAUUUCUGUUUUAUAUGUACAUUUUAUUAUUUGUUUUUAAAAAUCCCUGUUAUUAUCAAUAUAUAUGUAAAAAAAACUUGUGAAAAGGGAAAGUUGUAGAAAAAUAUGUUUUGACAUAUUUUCAGAAGAGGAUGUCUAUUGAUCCUCCUGAUUUUUCAGAAGAGGAGUUUUUUUAAAGGAUGAUAAAAGCUUGAAUUAUGCUUGCAUGCCACACUGCACUGCUCUUCUUUUAUCCCAUAGAUUUAGAAUGCUAUUGCUUGAAAAUAAUUAUAGGGUACAAAGAUUGGAGCCAUGAGAAAUGAACAUUUGAAAAAAAAUUCAAGACUGUUCACAAAACUGAAAACAGCGCACGACAUGUUCAUCCUGGUGAAAAUUCUUCCUUUGUAAGUGCUGCCAAGGUCAAUGUCAGCUUGAAUUCUUUAAUGCAUACUGUAAGUGCAAGCCAUGCAGAUUAGAUCUGCCCAGAGCUAUUCCUAUUUGUUCAUCCAGCUUUUAGAAAUACAUGUUUGUGCUCUUCUAUUAAAAAAAUUUCCAUUAAAGAAAUCAGCAGUCCAAACUUGU